AAUUAUCCACAGAAAGUCAUUAAAGACGCGAUCGAAUCUCCCUCUUAAUGGAGGGUGUAUCAGCUUGAAUGCGACACCUCCAUCAAAUUCCAAAUCCGUACACGAAACUCCGUGAACGUCUUUUCCGUUAAUUGGCCUUGGAAAAGUUUUAUAUUGUACUGUAAUUGCGACUGUACUCAAAGGGAUUCGUCGUUGUUUGUAAACGAAAAGCGCAGCAUCGCGUUGAUCAUGGACGAACAUAAUUCCUCGAGUUCCGUCCGGACUCGUAUCAAUUAAUUGGAAGACGGUAUCGCAGAUCAGCGAUAUGUGACAAGUUUACAAAAUUUAACAUACAUUUCGUCCGUUGUAAUCUUCAUCGCAUUAUCUGAUUAGGGUUACUCGAUCAUGCUAGACAGCGACGUUGACAGUUGGUACGAAUGGAAGCGAGGAGAUGAUUUUAAUGAAACGCACUCGGCGAUGAGUACGAAUGAUAUGCAACUGAUCGGCUCUAGAUCAUUAAGUCACUUGCAGUCCGAUGAUUACCGAAAAGAGCCUUCCACGAGCAACGGACUGAUCUGCUACGAUGCGACUUCUACGAGCUCUAGAUUCAACCCGGAGGUCCGUUUCAUCAAUCCGGCGAUAUACGCGGAAACUCUAGACAACGAAGAGGAUGAAGAGCAAGAGGUUGAGAUUAGAGUGAAGGUCAGAUCAAAGGAGGAUGGACGGAUCGGUAAUCACGGUGAUUUUACGCAAAUGACCGAUAUGAUGACCACGUUGUCUGUUAACAAUGACCUGGCCACCUCCUUCGUGGACCAAGCCGGGGACCAAGCUUCAGCCCAAGAAACAUAUCGUUGUUAUUCCUUGAAUUCUCCGACUACAUUCUCGUCCUAUAAAUCCGACGUGAUGCGUUCCAAGUCCGUUACUUCCUGUAGACCCUCUGGCCGUGUUGAGAGACGAUGCAAAAUCGUCGACAUGGCGGCAGAUAAUGAUCAACUUUGUCCUGUCAGGCAAACGGAAGUGCAGAGGGAACGCGAUGAAAGUUACGACGUAUCCUGCAGAUACACGUUGAACGGGCAUCGACUCUUACGAGUGUCCACGGCGUCGUUGUCCGGUAUUAAAAUUUCCGAGAACACUUCGAACGACUGCGAGUUCAUGAAGAAGAUCACUUACAGCGAGUGGAUUCGAAGAAAACAGGAAACGAUUCGACGGAAGAAGGAGGAAGAAGAGAUGGCUGAGAGGAAGAAGCGAAUGGAGUCAGAGAGAUUGGCACGAGAGAAGGAGGAAAGAGAAUUAAGAGAGCGUGAGAAUUUUUUAAAAUGGUCCGAGAGGAAGAAACGAGAAGAAGAGAGGAAGAAGGCUAUGAUUGAAAAAGAAUUGCAAGUGCAGAAACAGUUGAAAGAGAUCGAGGAUAAAGCUGCUGUUGCGAAGAAUAUGAAUCUUAGCCAGUGGGCUCGUAAAAAGAAGGAAGAAGAGAAAGCACGUCGAAGAAAGGAGGAGCUAAAGCAGAAACGACUGGAGGAAGAGAAGCAGAAGAGAUUAGAAGAGAGCACGAAGGCAUAUGAAAAUUGGCGAAAGAUGGCGAAGAACAAACCUAAACCAGCUACCCAAGGACUUCUACCUCAUCAGAAAGCAAAGCCAGCGUAUGUGAACCCUACACCUUGGCAGCGAAUUGUCGAGGACACCGAGGAUGUUGAUGAAGAUGGAUUGAACAGCAAGAAAACACAAAGUCAGUCGAAGAUUAGCACCAGGAGAAACGCUAUAUAUUAUGAUUAAUUGAGAGAACUUCUCUUAAUCUUGGCAGAAAAAUAGAAUUAUAAAAAGGUCAUGGAUGAAGAGAGAAACCUUUGAAUUAUAUACCCGCAUAUCGCGGUCUAUCUUAACGCAGGAUAUGUACAAUUAGAAUCAUAUUACCUUCAUUUCAUAGCAGAUAUUCUUUGAUACAUUUUACAAUCUUAGUAUUAACAUAUCCUCCAAGCUAAUAGCGUUCUUCGAUCAUUAUUUAGAUAAAGUAGAGAAAAAAGAACAGAAUCAUAAUAGAUAAUAAAAAAGAGAAGAAAGUAUACUUACGCAAAGGCAAUUAAAAGAAACGUGUAUGGAAAAGUUGAAUACUCUUAUUAUUUGUACUAUUGAUACUGUAUAUUACACAACGAUUCAUUACACGAGAGUAGGAAAGUGCUCUCUACUCGUUCAUACCUUGAAAAAAGGAUUGGUAAUCCUGACAGACCAGAACGUACAAAGUGGCACAUGUUUUCAUUUGUUCCUACUGAAUGUAUAUCGCAUUCGUAUAAAUUUUCAAAGGUGUACCUAAACGACUGCAUAUUUAGCAUCGUCCAGUAGAUUUACUUGACCAAAGUCUCCUCUUCUUCUUGGAGCCUCUCAAUAUCCGAUUUGUUCAUAAAGUAAUACGAUGGUUGUCUCGAUUUCUGAAAACGUACAGCAUGGGUUAUUAUUAAAUAUUUGUUUAAUAUGAACACACAACUCACUAAAUCUUUAGUGAUCCGUUUCGCUCCAGCUUUGAUAAGGAUGUUGCUAAGCUCUUCGACCGAGGGUAGUCCCAUUGCGUAAUGUAAAGCAGUUCUUUCCAACUGAGACAAACAAUUCUCUUUUAUUUUCUUAUGAAAUUAGAGUCUGUGUGUAAUUAUAAUUAGUUAUUUCUCACAUUAUCGCCAAUCCGCAGAGUUUCCGGAUACGUUUUCGCAAUAUACUCGACCAGUUCUUUAUUUUCAUGAAGCACCGCGAUAUGAAGAGCACAUCUGCUCAGAAAGUUCUUCCCCAUCGCUAAUAAUUUUCCUCCUCCGUUGUUUUUGUUCAGUAAUUCUUUUACUUUUGGUACGUUACCCAUUCUGAUCUCGUGAUGCACCUCUUCUCGUUGUGUCUGUAAAAAGUCUUUCCUCAGUAUCUUACCUUCAGUAAUAAAUUUGUGUAUUCUGGAUGUUAGAUGAUAAUCUUUGGUAUUUUACCACGUAAUUUGGAAUGGAUUGCAAAAAUUGUACUGUAGCCUGUCGUCCUCUUUCUGCAGCUAUGUCCACGAUGUUGACAUCCUCGUCUGUCACGUCCAAAAUGUGAUCGUAUCCUUCUAAUAGUAGUUCUACCAAUUUUUCUGUUUCACCUGUGCAGAUAUUGAUAUUAUAAAAUUACUGAUAGCUUGUCAUAAGUAUUUUAAGAUCAUUUUCAGGGAUUGAUGUUAAAUCUCACCCCUAGCCGCUAAGUAAGCCACGUAACGAUCAAUCUCAUCGACAUUUUCUUUGAUGUUAGCCAAGUCAGCGACGUCUCUAGCUGUCCUGUACAAUUCAUCUCUGAAACCAACGUUUAUUUGACUUUCCUGAAGCAAAUGAAGUAAUCCAUCUUUCGUAUAAGAUCGUAUGGCAGCGAAAUGGACCACGGUUUGUCCGUGUUCGUCCUGAACAAACGGAAGUAACAAUCGUUUCAACAAUUCAGAUACACUAAAUAUAAAUCAAGAAUUUAUAUUUACUCUGUUUGUAUUGGUGAAAGCUGAUUCUGGUAUGUCGGAGCCUGGACUUUGUGGAUAACCAGCAUCCUCAUUUUCAUUUUCAAUAUUUUCUAUGUUCUCUUCUCCGGCGUCGGGAAUGAUCAAUACAUUGGGUUCCUAUAAUAUUUUCAAGUUUUUUCCUUAUAUUAGAAGUAACGUCAGAAAUGUGUAUAAAGUAAUUUACCUGUUCCUGUGCGCUAUGCUUGCUUCUAUUGGCAAAAUUGUACAAAUAAGUUGCCAGAUAAGUAACUGGAUCCUUUGGUCUAUUGUUCGCCACUUCUGUCAAACCUUUGAUCAGUGGAUCACCAAGAGCUAGGAGGAUAAUUCAUUAAAAAUUCUGCUUCAUUUCAUUCUCUUUAUUAUUUUGAUGUUAACUUACACGAUGCCAAGUAGCGACCCUCCUCCUCUUGAAAUAUUGGUAUCUCCAGUUGACUGUCGUCUGAAAAACAAUUUCAUUUCAUUUUCUAUUAAUCGAACGACUCGUAAAAACAAUGACAUCAAUUCUUCUUCUAGCGAAUAAACGCAUCGUGAAAAGCACAGUGAAUUUCACUCUGAAAAACGUGUACACAUUACAGACAGAAGAGGGUUGAACGUAUAAUUCCAAAUACAGAAGCACAUUUACACAACAGCCUCGUCGGAAAAAAUGAAGGAUAUUUUUUUUUUCUUUCAAUUUAUAGUAUUUUACAUACAGUUGGAUUAUUUAUAAAAAUACACCGUUUGUUGUAGAAUCGAAUACAACGGAAGUUGGAAAGACACGUGCUACGCCAUUUCUGGUCUCGUGUGAACAUCGAACUCGUGCGUGACACAUAAAGAAGCUCUGGUAAAAGGUUCAUUUAAGUUCUCCUCGAAAAAUUUCAUCUCUGUAACGAAUGUUUUUCAUUCUAGAUACACAUAUACACUGACGAACGUACGUGCGACAACAUGUAGCAAUAACGUUCGUUUCUACUAACCUAAGGUCAAUCAAUCCAGCCUUCGUCCGAGUAGUUAAAUUUUUCGUUCAAUUAUCAUCGAGGACAGAGAACAACGUUCACACACGUCUUUCCAACAUUCUUCCCUCUACAGUUUCAGUCUACGAGGAUUAAAUUGGCAGUCGAACGCAUUGGCUCAUGAAUUAUCACAGAAAGUUUCCACGUGUAAGCGUAUCGGUCCACAAAAAGAAUCAAAAGAAAUAGAAAUUGACGUAAAUUAAGUUUGAAAGUUGCAUCCGCUCCUUUCUCGUCCGUUAAGUCUGGAAACGUUUCGCGCUGUUACGUUUGCGAAAUAUUCCCGCCAGUAGAUUGGCGAUUUUCAAGGAACUAUUUAUCGACAGUUCCUUCUCCAAGGCUAGGAUGUUCAGAACAGCCCUAGAAAAGUCUUGAAGGGUUUGCAGUUCGCUGAUGCUCAACGACUGUUGAUUACCGAUCCGCACCGUGUCCUUUCUAGCCGUUUCACGAAUACUUAAUCCACGUACCACGCACAGAUGUUUCAGAUGAUCGAAUUUCUUGGACAGUUCUGGAAAUCUAACGAUCACGUUGAAUCUAAGGGUAUUGCCGAUGGCGUACGGUCGCGAGCUAAGGAAGCCCAGCUUCUGGUCCCGUUUAAACUUCAAUCUUUCAUCGAGGAUCACCAUCACUUUUGCCAGUCUGACGUAGGUGCGACCGAUCAGACCAGGUCUGCUAUCGGUAGUACGACACACGAUCCUCAGGUGAUCCUGGACAUUCACCCAUGCAGCAAGAUCUCCAGCAGAGGACACGUAAACACCUCGUCCGUAUGGCCAGUGUCUUCCAUGAAGACGUCGAUCAUCCUGGGGGUCGGAGUCUGCGAUCGGUAACAACAAUCCAGAAGCCGCCAAUUGGGCUCUGAUCGGACUCGGUUGGUCCAGGAUCUCGUUAAGGGUGAAAUAAGUUCCUGGCUCAUCUUCGCUGCUCCCUUCGGCCAUCAUCUCUGAGAUAUACUGGCUCAUCAGCUCGCUGGUGAUCACUCGUUCCACUUCCUCCAAUUGAUUCACCGUCAGAGUCAAAGGGAACGUGUAAUCCUCGAGGUUCCUGCAACACUCCAUCACUGCAGCUUGAACGUACUUAGCCGGGGGAUCGAGGUCGUAGCCUUCGAUCGUGGAAAUGGUCACCUCGUCGAUCGAGUCGGGGUUCUCUUCGCCCUCGUCCUCGUCGUGGAAGUAUCUAGGAGGCGGAUGAUCGGGCAGGUCGCCGCUUGCAGUCACGCAAUGAAUGUCUCUGAUCAGAGGAUCGAAGAACUCCGCGAAGACGAUGUAACUUUCGUAAUCAGGUGCGAUCAAUAAAAGAGAGUCGUCUUCUUCGACGUUGCCGACGUACGAGUAAGCGCUGCUCGUAUCGCCGCUGCUACUCGAGUUACCGUAUUUCUUUAAAGCGAGCCAGAUCACAUCAAAGAGAUUGUGGUCCAUGCGUGUCACACGGUGCUUGAUACGAUCGAAUAUGGGCCGUUUCAGGCAACGGCCGAUCAGUGUACCGGAGUUCCCAGCCGAUUUCGGUGUCGCACCGUGCCUUGUACCAGCUAGAAGACGGAAACACCUCUCCAAGGUGGCUAACGUCUCUGGUUCGGUUAUGUCACGACGCGCGGAGUACGUGUCCCCUCCAGGAACUGUUUGACCCGGCCAUUGUCAGCACAGGGGAUGGUCCAGAGAGAGAAGAUGAAGUGCGGAAAUGCGUGGAUCCGCGGAUACGGGAAAUUUGUCAGAAUCGUUAGUUGUGACGGGGAUUUAAUUAAUUAAAUAUGUGAAUAUUUUAGGGUCUUAGGUUUCUAAGAUGUCUCUCAACAUAUUUCAACAAGUACCUAUCGGUAAUUUCACUUAUGUGAUUCUGUGAUUAAUAUGAUAUUAAACGAUGGUAAAAUUAACACAUGUGAGAAAGCAACGUGAUAGUAUUAUUUGAAAUGUAGUCUAGAUUGAAUCGAAUUGUUUGAAAAAUGAAAACAACGGUGCUCUGGACGAUGGUACAAUUUUGUUGUAACGUGAUCGAUGGUGCUUGCGAGUGUUUCGUCGAAUGAAAUACCUUUGUCGGUCAACAUCUCGUCGGCGAGGUUCUCGUUAGCACCGAAAUCGCGGAGGAGCGAUUUGUGAGACAAUUCUGAUUGAUUUUGUUUGUAGUAAUCUGCCUUUUGUCCGAACUGCGUGACGAAGUUGCAUGAAGAUAAAAUCAUACAUCAAUGAAUAAUUAUGAAGCAGAAGAUUGUAGUAAUGGCCAUUGUCUGCGAGGGUGGCCGCAUAAUGCAAGGGUGUUCGACCAUCUAAAUCGAUUGCAUUCGCGGUUUCUGGAAACCUCCCUGCCAGAUAUCUAACGAAAACAGAAAUAAUUAACGGAACAGGCGAUGGAAAUCGAUAGAACUUGAUGGAAAGCUGACAACAUAAUUUCUAAG